AUGGCCAUUGAUUCUCGGCGAUGGUUUCACAGUGAAUUAUCGGGCUUGGCUGCAGAGAAGCUUCUAAUAGAAAAGGGAGAACCAGGAAGUUUCCUCAUUCGGCAAAGCCAUAACAGUCCUGGAAAUUUCACCCUCUCUGUCCGUCGCAAAGAUUCAUUUGCGCAUAUUCGCAUCCAAAAUACCGGUGAUUUUCUAAGUUUCUUUGGUGGUGAUAAGUUCGCCACUCUUCCCGAUCUUGUUAAUUACUAUCGCGAACACCCUGAUCAGCUAAAAGAAAAAAAUGGUACUAUCAUUGAACUCCGGCAUCCUCUUAUGGUCGAUGAUUAUACGUUGGAGAGUGCUAGGUGGUUUCAUGGUCGUCAGACGGCAAAUGAAGCCCAAGAUCUUCUUUUACAAAAGGGCAAAUAUGGGAGCUUUUUGGUUCGAGAGUCAGUGCGCCAACCUGGAGCUUAUGUUCUCUCUGUCGUUACCGGGGACAAUAGUGUCUCCCACAUCCUCGUCAACCAUCUGCCCAAUUCAAAAUUUGAUCUUGGCGAUGGUCAAGAAUUUUCAUCACUUGGCCAAUUGAUUGAUCAUUACACUGCUUUUCCCAUUAUGGUUAAAGAUGGACACCUAAUUUGCCUAAAACAACCCUUUAAUGUGACUCGUCUCAACGUCUCCUGCUUGGACCAGCGUAUCACACAGUUGGAAAAGGAGGGUGUUCGUGGAAAACGGGUUACAGGUUUUUGGGAGGAGUUUGAAGAGCUCCACCAGGACGCCCACGAAGGCAGUAGAACAGAGGGCAGUCGGCCCUGCAAUCUGGCAAAAAAUCGGUACAAGAAUAUCCUCCCUUUCGAUGCCACCCGAGUGAUUCUACGAGACGCGGAUCCCAACGUUCCUGGUUCCGAUUAUAUCAAUGCCAAUUAUAUUUCCAACCCUGCAUUUCUUCUAGAAGGUCUCCAACCCUCAACAACAUUAACGAAAGGUGAAAAGACUGAAGAACAAGAAUCGAAUGAGGAUAGAAGGGAAGGAAAGAAUGGGGAAAAUGAUAAAGUCAGGAGUCGUCGUAGUCGAGUCUUCUCGUCUCGACCUCAGUACAUCGCAACUCAAGGCGUUCUACCCACUACCAUCGUCGAUAUGUGGCGCAUGAUCUGGCAAGAACGCUCCUCCAUUGUUGUUAUGCUAACAAAAGAAAAUGAACGCGGGAGGAAUAAAUGUGAAAAGUACUGGCCGACUGAGGCGGAAGGCUCUCUCCUCCUUCCCGUACCGUUAGGUACUCUAAAAGUCACUCCCUUAUCUGAACGCAACCUCAUCUCGCAUGUGAUUCGUGAGUUCAAAGUCAGUCUGCUUCAAAGGACCACUCAGGAGGUGGGAGCAGAAACAACGGAGAAGUUUAAGGAUGACUCGUUCACUGUCUUUCUACUUCAAUUUCUUGCAUGGCCUGAUCAUGGCACUCCCAGUGAACCGUCGGAAUUUUUGGACCUCUUGUUCAACAUAUCUUCAUAUCAGGAGAGCAUGAAAACCACGGGACCAGUGGUGGUUCAUUGCAGUUCCGGAAUUGGUCGAACUGGAACAUUAAUUGUCACAGACAUGCUUCUGGGCUGUAUUCGCGAAGGCGGUCUCCAUACAGACAUCGAUAUAGCUCGCACUGUCCAAGCCGUCAGAGAGCAACGCUCCGGUAUGGUUCAAACUGAAGCUCAAUACCGAUUCAUUUACAAGGCUGUGCAGGAGUUCGUCUCCAGUCUUCUACUUCGUGUAAAACUUCAAAAUGCCCUGAAACCCUUUGGGAUUGACUACACCAAUUUGAAACAGACGCCACGGAGCGAAGGAUGCCUGUGUUGCACGGGGACAGCCACAUUUCCUCACUCCUCAUCCUCCACCCUCUCCUAUUCACUUCCCAACUCUUCCCGUGGGUUUUGGUCUAACAGAAGUAUCAACUGCCGGAGGCCUAUGCCGCCACCCUUACCUCCACCAGCAGCAGCCACUGGAUCUCAAAAGAGUUACAAUUCUGAGGAGACGCCAGUGACGACGUCGGCAACAGGAACCGGCUACCACUCCAGCUCCAGGCGAUGGUACAAGCUCUCUUCGGCCUCACGAUAA